UCCAGUCACCAGCGUCAGGCUUGGCUUUGAAAAGAAGCUGGCGCCAGUGGUUUUGUGUGCUCUGCUGUGAGUGCUGCUUCAGGGAGCCGAGCAGAGAGAACGGGAGAGCUGGAAAACCACGACAUGAAUGCAGUGACCUAUGAUGAUGUGCAUAUCAGCUUCACUUGGGAAGAGUGGACAUUGCUGGAUCCUUCCCAGAAGAAUCUCUACAAAGAUGUGAUGCUAGAGACCUACAGGAAUCUCACUAGUAUAGGAUACAGUUGGGAAGACCAUAAUAUUGAAGAACAUUGUCAAAGUUCUAGGAGACAUAAAAGGCAUGAAAGAAGUCAAAUUGGAAAGAAAACUUCAGUAAAUACUCAAUGGGUUAAAGCCUUUGCGUAUUCCAGUACUCUUCAAAUGCAUGAAAGAGCACAUACAAGAGAGAAACCCUAUGAAUGUAAUCAAAAUGGUAAAGCCAUUGCAUAUCACAGAAAUCUUCAAAUACAUAGAAGAACACAUACUGGAGAGAAACCCUAUGAAUGUAAUCAGUGUGGUAAAGCCUUUGCAUGUCACAAUUAUCUUCAAAAGCAUAAAAGAACACAUACAGGAGAGAAACCCUAUGAAUGUAAUCAGUGUGGUAAAGGCUUUGGAUGUGACAGUCAUCUUCAAAGGCAUAAAAUAACACACACAGGAGAGAAACCUUAUGAAUGUAAUCAGUGUGGUAAAGCUUUUGCAUGGCACAGUUAUCUUCAAAAGCAUAAAAGAACACAUACUGGAGAGAAACCCUAUGAAUGUAAUCAGUGUGGUAAAGGCUUUGGAUGUGACAGUCAUCUUCAAAGGCAUAAAAUAACACAUACUGGAGAGAAACCCUAUGAAUGUGAUCAGUGUGGUAAAGCCUUUGCAUGGCAUGGUAAUCUUCAAAUACAUAAAAGAACACAUACUGGAGAGAAACCCUAUGAAUGUAAUCAGUGUGGUAAAGCCUUUGCACAUCACAAAAGUCUUCAAAUGCAUAAAAGAACACAUACUGGAGAGAAACCCUAUGAAUGCAGUCAAUGUGGUAAAGACUUUGCACAACAAGGUCAUCUUCUAAUACACAAUAAAACUCAUACUGGAGAGAAAGCCUAUGAAUGUAACCAAUGUGGUAAAGCCUUUACAUGGCACAGUAAGCUUAUAAAGCAUAAAAGAACACAUACUGGAGAGAAACCCUAUGAAUGUAAUCAGUGCGGUAAAACCUUUGCAUGGCAUAGUUAUCUUCAAAAGCAUAAAAGAACACAUACAGGAGAGAAACCCUAUGAAUGUGAUCAGUGUGGUAAAGCCUUUGCAUGUCCCAAAGGUUUUCGGAGGCAUAAAAGAACACAUACUGGAGAGAAACCCUAUGAAUGUAAUCAGUGUGGUAAAGCCUUUGCAUGGCACAGUUAUCUUCAGAAGCAUGAAAGAAUACAUACUGGAGAGAAACCCUAUGAAUGCAAUCAGUGUGGUAAAGCCUUUGCAUGGCACAGUUAUCUUCAAAACCAUGUGAAAAAAUCAUGUUGCAGAGAAACCCCAUAAAUAUAGGCAGUGUGGUAAAGUUUUGCACUUUGUACAAGAGCGUAACUUUUUGUGUGCAAUCAAUCUGUUAAAGUCUGUCCAUAUUACAGCAGUCUUUGACUAUCUGAAACAGAUAAUGAGGGUUUCUUAUUAUACAUUAUUUUGUAAGAUCUUUAGCCAACACACUUGCAAUCAGAUACAUAAAAGUAUGUAUUCUAUAGAAAAAUAUUUGACAGUGUCAACAAUGUGUUCAAGCAUUAUGAUGUCCAUUUUUAUAUUGUUUGCAACCAGAAAACUCAUGGAAAAAUGAAUUCAUGAAUUUAUGAAGCCCUAUGUGUAGGAUAAAAUGUCCAGCCAAAGAAACAUACCCUGACCAUGAAACCAGAGAGAUUGAAAGACACACACACACCCUUUGCCCCUGAAAUCGGAGCCAGAAAGCACACCCUGAUUCUGAAACCAGAGUCAAACACACUUUGUCCCUGCAUCCAGAGCUAGUGAAAUAAACACACUGAACCUGAAAAAAAGACCCCAAAGUUUAAAAGCUGCCAGUGAAAACAACACACUUUGGCUCUGAAAUCAGAGCCAAAACUCUACCCUUGACCAACUAAGUACAAAACCAACCAGUCCCUGAGCUUGAAACAAGCCAGUCCCUGAGCGUGAAAUUCAACCAGUCUUUGUGCUUGUUCAAGCUCUGUCCCUGUUCAGUUGGUAACUGCCUUUCUCUACCCUGGCAGAGGCAUCUACUCCUGGAUUCUUUCCUCCCAAAUAAAUCUCUUGAAUGAGUUUUGGGUGAAGACUCUUCAAUGAAGCAGACCAGAAACUCACUAUUGGAUUAGAGCAGAGAAGCAGCAGACACUUCUGUUGGCAAACUCCUUUAAAGAAGUGGAGCUGAAGUAACACUUUUUCACUGGGGACUGCUACAUUUCUGCAGCAGUUUCCCCUUACUUGAGUGAAGCAGAGAAGUAAUAAUUAGGGUUGGAGCUGAGACGAAAUUGACAUCUCUGAUGGGAAACUUCCUAGUAGAGCAGAGCAGAUAAGAAAUUGACAACUCUGCUGAGAAACUUCCUUAUUGGAGUGGAGAAGAGCAGCAAUGGACGUCUCUUGCUGGGAAACUCUCUUAGCAGAGUGGAGUGGAGCAUAGCUGUAAUGCCUCUCUUUUGGAGAGGAGUGGGAUUACUACAUCUGUGGGGAGGCCAUUCCCCACUGGAACACAGACAGCUUCAGGUAUAUCCUGACUUCCCAGCAGUCAGGGUAUCUUUCUCCUCACAGCUGUUGGUUUCAGAAUAUCUUCCCUUCAUGGCAGUAGGUAUAGCCUGACUUCCACCAUCAGGGUACCAUUCUUUUCAGAGCUGUAGGUAUCCAGCAUAGCCUCCUUUCAUAGCUGUAGGUAUAGCCUGAUUCCGACAGUCAGAGUACCUUUCCCUCCAGAGCUUUAAUACAUGCACUAUGAAUUUAAACGAUAAUGUAACCCUUUUAGAUUUUAUACUUCUCUUCAAUUACACAAGAUAACUAAUUCAGGUGUAAAACUUUAUGGAUUUGUAUUAGUUCCUUUUCCAUUGUUGGGAUAUAAUAAUGUCUAAGUCAACUUAUAAAUGAGUUUAAUUUGGCCCUUGUUUCCAGAGGGAUACAAGGUCACCAUGAAAGUAGCAUGGUAACAAGUGUCAGACAUGCCAGCUAAAGCAGGAAGCUAAGAAGCCACAUCCUUAACCUGCAGCGUGAAGCAGGGAGUGGGAACUGGAAAUAGUCUGUAGAUGUAAAUUUUCUAAGCCUACCCCCAGUGACAUAUUCCUCCAGCAGGGCAGCAUCUCCUAAAUAUUCCCAAAUGAAACCACCAACUUAGAAGAAUUGAUUUCUCAGACUUCAUGACUAAGUGCUUGCUUAAUGGUGAAGGAAAAACUCUAAGCCAUUAGAUGCCUCAACACCUGUGUUAUAGGAAUGAAUGCUUACAAGAGAAAAUCUUUCACAAAUGAAAGACUGUUUGUUUAAAGAAUUAUUCUAAUUCUAAUUAUAUGAUAUUAGUGUGUAUUUGUGUGGUUAUGUGAAUAUGCAUGCUCGUUCCUGUGAACAUUAGAUCCUUGGAUCUUCUUGUAGCAGGAAUUACAGGAAGUUGUCAAAAAUUGAACCUAGGUCCUGGGAGUGAACAUUUCUUAACUGCCAAGCCAUGU